AAAAAAAAACAAAAAAAAAAAAAAAAAAAAAAAAAAAAAAAAAAAAGAAAAACCGCUAGUUCCUCUCUCUUCUCUUCCAAAUUCACUUCCGGUGGCUGGAUUUCUUUCUACGGUCAGUAGCUAGAAAACAUUCAUCAGUCGCUAAAAGAUUAUAUAACUUGCUUGGAAGAGGAAAGGAAAGCUAUUCUUGGUUUUGCCUGAUGAAAAUUGAAGAAUAAAAGGAAGUGUCCUGAGUGAGAUGCUGAGGUUUUUGUGACUUUUUUAAUUAGAUUUUACUUCUGGUUACAUCAGCAAGAGAUGGCAUCAUGUACGUUGGACAUCAUAUCAUGUAAGGAUAAGAAGAAGAGAAAGAACAGAAGUGAGGUACAUGAUCCAUUGAAUAAGGUUAAUGUUAUAAUUCAUGAUUCUACUAGUAAAUCGUAUUUAGUGAGAAAUGCAUCCUUAGAAAGAUAUACAAGUUUAGAUCCUCCAAUCAACAAUAUUCUAGAGUCAGAUGUUUUGGACUCGCAAUGUAAUUUGGAGUCAAAUUGUUCACAAACAAACAAAAAGAAAAAUAAGAAGAGAAAGAAAAAGUCAAAAAUUAAGCAGGAUUCCCAGAUAGACUGUCAGGAGGACCCUUCUCCAAUAAAGAAUGAUUCUACUGGAAAAAGUUCAUCUCAUGAAUCUAUAGUUGAUACUAAUACAAGGGAAGAUGUUAUUGAUAUUAAUACUGAUCUGGAGACAGUCCUACCUUCAGAAUUGAGCCAGUCACAUAGGAAGCGAAAAAGAAAGAAGCGGAAGCUUAAUGGCACUGUCAUUAAUGAUAAAUCUCAGAGUCUUGUCGUAGAGGAAGAGCGAAGUGAUUCCCCUAGAAGUCCAAAUACAAGUAUGUUGAAUAAAUUGGACAACAAUGAUGAGGCUGGCACUGGUUUGGUAGACUAUGAAAUGAAGGCACAACUGGAAAUUGAUUGCGUGAAAAGAAGGGUGUCUCCUGAGACUCGAGAAAAUGUGGAAUCGGUCAAGGUGGCUACACAAACUUCAUCAGAUUUAAAUGAAGUGCAUUCAUUUGAACUUUCAGAGAACAGGUUAGAAAGAAUACAGGCUGGGGAGCCCGCUGCUUCAGUUACUGUUUUGGAAAAUGCUUUGACAGAGAAGACUUCCUCUUACUGUUCAAGUGGUGACUUUUUGUUACUAGAAAGCAAAAAUAUAAUUGAAGCAAAGAGGGAUUCUGAUAUAGAUGUUCCUAUUAAGGAGGAAAAUCUUUCAAAAGCAUCAGCCUCUUCAAUAAAAGGACCCCAAGCUGGAUGUGCUGAUAAAAAACUUCUCAUCCUUGAUGUUAAUGGACUUCUAGCUGAUAUUGUUCCAUAUUGUUAUGAUUCAUACAAGGCUGACAUCAUAAUAUCCGGGAAAUCAGUUUUCAAAAGGCCCUUCUGCGAUGAUUUUCUGCAGUUUUGCUUUGAGAAAUUCAAUGUUGGUGUUUGGUCAUCAAGAACCAAGAAAAACGUGCGCAUGGUGGUUGAUUUUCUCUUGGGAGAUUCUAGACAUAAGUUGCUUUUUUGUUGGGAUCAAUCUCAUUGUACUGAUACAGGAUUCAACACUCUUGAGAAUUCACACAAACCUCUGGUUUUGAAAGAAUUAAAGAAAUUAUGGGAUAAACUUGAGCCUGAUCUUCCAUGGAAUAAGGGAGUCUAUGAUCAAUCUAAUACAUUAUUGUUAGAUGAUUCACCAUACAAAGCUUUGAGCAAUCCAGCCAACACAGCUAUAUUUCCCUAUUCAUACAAGUACAAGAAUUCCAAAGAUUCCUCAUUAGGACCUGGAGGUAACCUUCGAUUAUAUCUCGAAAAAUUAGCAGAGGCUCAAAAUGUUCAAGAAUUUGUUGCACAAAAUCCUUUUGGUCAACCAGCCAUUACAGAGGCAAACCCCUUUUGGGGUUUCUAUCAGAAAAUUUUAAGUGGUACUUCAAGCAAAAAACAAGAUGUUGCAAGUAUUUCUGGCAUGGAGCAGCAGCAAUUGACUUGAGACUUCGAAUGAUCCGUGAAAUGCUCACCUACAUAAUUGUUUCCUUUUUUUUUUUUUUGACCUAAUAUAGUUCAAGCUGCUGCUCCUAAGUACCAUAUUGAUUUUGCAGAAUGCUGGUGCUUCCUAUAUUUAGUUGGUUCAGCUGCAUGGAAAGCCUCCUUAGCUUGCUUAUUUUAACGCUACUGUAGUCCAGGUUCUCUUCAACCUUGACGUGAGCCACAUUUUUGUUCCUGUCUCUGUCCCACAGAAAUUAAAUUAUUUAAACUGUCAAGCGGACAGUUUUAUAUGGAGAUUGGUUUUAUUAUUACUAGUCUCAAAGUGUUAGAAUUAGAAUAACAGUCUUGAACAUAUCACUUCUGUAACUUAUUUCUGUUAUUUCUUUACUUUUUUUUGCCGAUACAAAAAUUGCGGUUGGUGCGGUGAAAGAAUUAGUUAAUCUUUUGAUUAAUUGCUCAAAGCUUAAAGCCAGUUUGCUAUGGAUGAUAGAGAGAAGAUACUACAUGAACUCUUGAGGCACUUUAUGAUUUAAAUAAAGUCUGCAAAUUUUAUU